UAGCCGUAUAUUGGAAAGGUAAUGACGAUAUUUUGUAAAUCGUAAUCCUUGAACAUCCUGCGGUGCAGUUUGUACGAGGUGUUGGUUCUAGUAAAAUUUUAUUCGGCAAGUUUUCUUCUCACGAAUUAAUAUUCAAGUAAAAUGGCAAAGUCUUCUGAGAAGAAAGGCAAGAGUGCUAUCAACGAGGUGGUGACUCGUGAAUACACCGUCAAUCUUCAUAAGCGACUGCAUGGUGUAGGUUUUAAGAAACGUGCACCACGAGCAAUAAAAGAAAUUAGGAAGUUUGCAGAAAAGCAGAUGGGGACUCCUGAUGUUAGGAUAGAUACACGCCUCAACAAACAGUUGUGGUCCAAGGGUAUCAGAAAUGUUCCCUUUAGGGUACGCGUAAGGCUGAGCAGAAGGAGAAAUGAUGAUGAGGAUUCUGCAAACAAGCUGUACACCCUUGUCACAUACAUCCCAGUUGCAUCUUUCAAAGGUCUUCAGACUGAAAAUGUGGAUGCUAGCCAAGAUUAAAUACAUUAAUAUGUAUUUAUGUAUAAUAAAAAAUAUAAAAUACGCUGUAAUAUUCUAAA